AUGAAGAGAGAAAGAGAGAAGAAGAGUGUUACUGAGCUGACAGAGAAGAAGAGGAUUGAGACCUUGUUCAGGUCUCAAAUGCACUCUAUGAUUCAGAAUAUUGAGAAGACAGCCCUGCUCUCUGAGCAUGCUAAUCUGCUUAUCACUGGGAUGAAACCUGAGACAGCAGACCAGGAAAUGUGGGAUUUUGAGAUGCAGAUUGACCUGGCUGAGAGGGAGCAGCAGAAACCCUUCUCUGAGAAGGCAGUGAAGAGAGAUUUUGAGAUGAUUAUCAUCUCAGAUGAGAAGAAGAAGAAGAAGAAGAAGAAUAAGAAGUGA